CACCGGACGUCGUGCCCACGUCCUCGUUCGAGCUGUCUCGCACCGAGGAACCAACCAAGAGGGACGCACACGCCCAUUCGAACGAGAACAACGACAACACUAAGAAAAGGGGCAACGGCAGCGGCGACGACGACGACGAAGCUUAAGAUCAAGCAAGACAACAGCAACGGUCUCGCAUCUUUCCAGAGAGAUACGAACAUACAAUAGGAAAGCACAUGCCCGAUUGAACCACAAGAACGACAAGACCGAGAACACAGACAACGAAGACGACGACGACGACGACGACGACAACACAAAGGGCAAGACGGAGGACACAAAAGCGGCGUUCACGAUCUCCUUCUCCGCUCCAAUGACGACCACCAGCGAAAAUCAAGCCACGGCCGCCGGUCCUCCGGACGCGCCCCAUAACGUCUUCGUCUACAAGGGACAAACGAUUUCUCCCGACGAGAAGAAAACAAUCCGUAGCGUUGUCGUGGAUUCCACGGUGGAGGAGAUCCCGGAAAAGGCAUUCGCUGACUGCACACUUUUGUCGUCCAUCAGCAUCGCAGAGGGUGUGACAUCAAUUGGUAAUGGUGCAUUCGAUAGAUGCUAUUCCCUCAAGAAAGUUGUCAUCCCAAAGGGUGUGACAACAAUUGCGGAACGUUUGUUCUUCUAUUGCGGUUCACUGGAAUCCAUUGAUAUCCCAGAGGGUGUGACAUCAAUUGGUUAUGGUGCAUUCGAUAAAUGCUCUUCCCUUGAGAAAGUUGUCAUCCCAAAGGGUGUGAUAACAAUUGGUGAUCGUGCAUUUCGCAAAUGCUCUUCCCUCGAGAAAGUUGUCAUCCCAAAGGGUGUGACAACAAUUGCGGAACGUUUGUUCUUCAAAUGCUAUUCACUGGAAUCCAUUGACAUUCCAGAGGGUGUGAUAUCAAUUGGUGAUAAAGCAUUCCGUGAAUGCUCAUCGCUGAUUUCCAUCCAAAUCCCAGAGGAUGUGACAACAAUUGGCGAACAGGUUUUUAAGGAAUGCUCUCGACUUCUUAUAGUUGCAGUCCCAAGCGGCUUACAAGACAUUGAUCCUUCAGCUUUUGAUGGCUGCAAGAUCCUUUGCAGUGUAGAGGUCUCAGAAGGAGCUCCCAACGAAGCCAAAAAUGUUGGCAUCCAAACAAUUGCUGACCAGCUGAAGAUACGUUUCAAAGACCUCCCAUUGCAUGAAGCAUGCUAUCAUGCAAAUUUGAAGGGUAUUGAAUCAUCUUUGAAAGAGAAUUCACGAGGUGCUGAAAAACAGGAUAAGUACAACUUGAAUCCACUCCAUAUUCUCGCCAUAAAUCCAAAUGCAACAGGAGAGAUGAUCCGACUUGUUGCAGACAAUCACCCAGAUGCAAUGGCAAAUUCUGGCAAUGCCCUCCGUAUGUGCCCCAUUCACCUUGCAUCAAGGAAUCUUGGAAAGAAAGCACUUGAUGUUAUUUCUAUAUUCACUGAUGAAAAAAUACUGAAGAGAAGACUGAUGUGCACAGUACUAGACAAGGACUCCAAUACGCCAACCAUUCUAUCAAUUCGCCACAACUUUGCGAACUUAGACAUGCAACGCCAUCUUUUCAAGUUCCAACCGUGUGAUGAAUCAAACUUUUUAAAGCAACACCAUAGGGAACGAGUGACUGAAUUGGAAACUUGGUAUGUGACUGAUUGGAUCACAUCUGACACAUUCAAAAACCUUGAUGCCCAUGCGCAAAACGGCUGGGUUGGCUUCGUUAGCAACGCAUCAAAGACAGAGAAUAUUCAUGCUAUCUGUGAUAUUAUUAGAAAUGGACAAGAGGAGUUUGUCAGAGACCUUGGAAACGCCAAAGAUAGCAAUGGCAGAAAAGCGUUUGAUGUAGCUGUAAAUGACAUCAAAAAAGCAUUUUGUCAACGACUAUAUUUUUUGGGCAGGUACGAACUAGUUAGUGGACCACCCAUUCACAAGUCGGACACAUGUAUCGUAGUUGGGGCAUUUGAUAUGGAGAGUGAUGACUUCUACAAGAAAAUGUAUGAAAAAGCACGUGGUGCACAAUCAGAAGUAAGCAAAGGAUCCUUCAGGGAAUUCUUGAAAAAUCACAAUAUGAACCAAUGGUGCGAAGAUCAAAUAUUCACAAGAGUAUUUUCUAAGUAUGAUCAAAAUGGAAAUGAUAUGCUUUCAGACAAGCAAUUUUUGGACUUUUGCAAGGACGUUUUGAACAAAGGCAAGCAUCGUAAGGUUGCCAUCAAAUUCAUGAAGAACAAGGAUCAAUUCUCAAGAGAGCUCUUGCGCCGCGAGGCCCUUCAAAAAAAUCUGUCAAAAUGGAACAGUCUGUGGUAAGUAUUGAUGAAACCUACGAUGCAGCGGAAGAUAACAAAUUCAAAAUUGCACUGGAAUCAUUGCAGGUCCCAGGGUCCGAAGACAAGAACAAGAAGAUGUACAAGGACUACAAAUAUGCUGUUAUUAUGCCCUGUGCUGACCGCAACCUUGAGAUGAUUGCGAGAAGCGAGCAACCGGAUCCAAACAAAACUCGCUCAGAUUUACAUCAGAUUGCAACAAAACUCAAUGCUUUGCAUCAGCAAAACAUAAUCCAUGGAGACCUGAAGAUGCAGAAUAUUGUGAGAAUGGGAGAGAAGCUUUGGCUGAUUGAUCUGGAUGCCUCAGCGACGAAGAACGAAACAAAUACAGAAAUAGAGCUCGCAGAGUUUUAUGUAGGACAGAAGUUCUCCUCAGGGAUACUCCCUCCAGAGAUGAUAUUCCAUGUCAAAACUGAGGAACAAAUGGUCAAAUUCAAUGACUAUUUCAAACACACGGAAGUUUUGGAGUUGAAAAAAAUUAUGUGCAAAAAGUCAACAGAAUUCCUGAAAUUUUUCUGUGUCAAAACCUUCAACAAAGAAACCAUUAAAAAGAAAGACAUUGCUGGAAAUGCUGAAGAAAUAGAGAUAAUUAAAAAAGGCUUGCCGUAUGCUCCAGUGGAAGCUACAGAAGCCAUUGAUUUGUGGUCAUUUGGGACAAUCAUGUAUUUUCUGUGCACAAAGCGCUCGUUGUUCACAGUCGACGUAAACGAUGACUUGGUUGAUGGUGAUGCUAUGGAGCAAUUGUACAGUUGGAAUGACGAGAAGAAGAUCAAAAGGUUGGACGAUGAUGUAGAAGAUCCUUCUGCAAAAGAGCUUCUGCGCAAGGUACUCUCAAAGAAACCAGAAGAUCGGGGAAGAAUACGUGAUUUGCUGGAUGACCCAUAUUUUACCAAAUCGGUAGAGGACUCACCGAUCAAAUCGGUUGAGAUAUUGGUGAAAAAUGGGUUCGAAAAUAUGAGCAAAAUGAUGAAAACUUCUUUCGACACUUUGGAAAAGAAUAGGAAAAUUGAACUCGAAAACAUGGGCAUGAGAAUGUUGAACGGCAUGAAUGAGGCAACAACUGUCCAGUGUCCGACGGCGUUUGUAGUAUUGAGAGAAGUGCUUCCCAGUGAGAUAGACGGCAGCCAUGACAAGCUUGAAGAAGGGUUACAAGAAGUAAAGAAAUGGGUCACCGUUGUGGAAGAAAUCACAGAAAUAAUUGAAGAAGACAAAUUAGAAAGGUUGUUGGAUAGUGAUGCGGAAACAUGUGAGGAGGAAAACGAAAACUCUGAAAAUCCUCCAUCCAAACUGCUCAACGUCUUCAAAAAAAAGUUCCAAGACAUCAUCACAGAUCAUAAGAAGACAGUGUAUCUUUACCUUGUUGAUGAAUUGACGGGGGAGCCCGUUACGAGUUUGAAAGGGUAUCCCAUCGAAAUUACGAGUCCAAUAGAUAUUGUCCCGCAAUUGCUUCCGUGUCUCCAACACACCGUAACGGCAAUAACCAUCUACAAUGGCGUCGCGGGUAUCUUCAAAAUGUUUGGCAUUCCUAAAGUUCCGAGUGGGGCUAAAGAUGCACUUGAAAAGACGGCCGAUUUCCUUUCGGAAAGUAGCUCGGUGGAGAAAUGGAAAGUUGUACACAAUGCGACAAAAGAUGUCGGCAGUACCUACAGAUUUGUUCGAGGUGCGAGUCUUUGUGAGCUUGAAAAGUUUUUUGAAAAUAACGACAGUGACAAGAACUAUAGAGGCCUCCACCGGAUUUUAGACUACGAUGGGUACGCUUGUUGGACUGCUGUCGAGGGUGCAAAACGAGAUCCUUUUCUCAAACGCAGGCAAUCAAUGCGCAGGGCGGCGGAGAAUCGAGAAUUGGAGUUAUUGCUCAAGCUGAAAAAAGAAGGGGGUUCUGAUGCAGUCCGACAAUCAAGCCACCAGGAUGCAGCUGAAAGCCCACCGGACAACACGAAAACGCCGGAAACGAGAAUCACAGAAGUGAGAAACAAGAAGAAAAGUCCGGAAGACGAAAUCGAUAGAUCGGAGACAGAACAAAAUUGCGUUUGUUGUAGGUUAUCGUAAAGGAAACAAAGUGCGAUCCGAUCUUUGAUUAAUGGAGAAAAGAGUCAAAGAAGGAAGACAGAAGAUUUUUGCAUUCGAAGUCCUGAUUUUCAACUUUCAUCCAGAAGCUCCUAGUGAACAAUUUUUCGUUGUCUCUUAUUAGUAGUUUCGGAUGGAGUCAAUUUUAGAGAUCGGAACUCCACCGAUAGCAUAGUACUCCGAAUUUUUCAAACGCUAGUACGUGAAAAAAUCAUAGUUUAUGGC